AUGCUGAAAUUCCGAGAGGCUGCUAAGUGUGUGAGUGGAUCAAUAGCUGCUUCCAAGUGUCCAAAGCCCUUGAUCGCAAGAUGAUACAUGCUUCAACAGAAACUUGGCAGUGGAACUUUUGGAACCGUCUAUCUAGUGUCAGACAAGAAAGCCAAACAAGGAGAGGAAUUAAAGGUCCUGAAGGAAAUCUCUAUUGGAGAACUCAAUCCAAAUGAGAUUGUGCAGGCCACUUUGGAGGCCCAGCUCCUUUCCAAGCUGGACCACCCAGCCAUUGUCAAGUUCCACGAGAGCUUUGUGGAGCAAGAUAGUUUCUGCAUUAUCACAGAGUACUGUGAGGGCCGAGAUCUGGACUAUAAAAUUCAGGAAUACAAAGAAGCUGGAAAAACCUUUCCAGAGAGACAAAUAAUAGAAUGGUUUAUCCAGCUGUUGCUGGGAGUUGACUACAUGCAUGAAAGGAGGAUACUUCAUCGAGACUUGAAAUCAAAGGAUAUAUUUCUGAAAAAUAGUCUACUUAAAAUUGGGGAUUUUGGAGUUUCUCGACUCUUAAUGGGAUCCUGUGAUCUAGCCACCACUUUAACUGGAACUCCCCAUUAUAUGAGCCCGGAGACUCUGAAACACCAAGGCUAUGACACAAAGUCGGAUAUCUGGUCUCUGGCAUGCAUUUUGUAUGAGAUGUGCUGCACGAAUCAUGCAUUCACUGGCUCCAAUUUCUUAUCCAUCAUUAUAAAAAUUGUUGAAGGUGACACUCCUUCUCUCCCUGAGAGAUACCCAAGACAGCUGAAUGCCAUCAUUAAAAGCAUGUCGAACAAGAGUCCUUCAUUGAGACCAUCUGCUAUAGAAAUUUUAAAAAUUCCUUACAUUGAUGAACAACUACAGCACCUGAUGUGCCGAUAUUCGGAAAUGACCCUGGAAGACAAGAAUUUGAAUCGUCAGAAGGAGGCAACUUAUAUAAUUAAUGCUGUGCAGAAAAAAAUCCACCUGCAGACCCUGUGGGCACUGUCUGAGGUACAGAAGAUGACACCAAGAGAGAGGAUGUGGCUGAAGAAGGUCCAGGCAGCUGAUAAGGAGGCCAGGAAGCUAAAAAAGCUUGUGGCAGAAAAAUAUGAAGAAAACAACAAACGAAUGCAAGAACUGAGAUCUCGGAACUUCCAGCAGCUGACUGUGGAUGUGCUCCACGAAUUUGAUGACCCAGCUUCAGAGAACCUGCCUGAGUCUCAGCCCAUUCCUUCCCUGGACCUUGGCACACUUGGGUCAAGUGUAGAGGACACCGUAGCUGACCUUGGAGAUCAUGAGAUCCCAGAAGACCCACUUGUGGCUGAAGAGUAUUAUGAUGAUACAUUUGACUCCUGUUCUGAAGAAAGUGAGGAGGGGGAGGAAGAGGUCGAGCAUGCGGGACCCCAGCCUGCUUACAGGACAAACCAACAGGACAGUGAUAUUGAAGCACUGGCCAGAUGUUUGGACCACGUGCUGGGCUGCACCACUCUAGAUCAGCUGAGCAGAAGCUGGGGGCGGAGGUGUUUGAGGAGGUCUACAGUUACCUCAAGAGAGCAAGGCAGCAGAGAGCCAGCGAGGCAGAGGUCCGGGAGGCUCUGGAAACAGUCGUGCCUCGAGCCAGUGACUGUUCUGAGGUUGACCAGCGGCUCUACUUUGAGGAGCAGUUGCUGA